AUGCCAGACGGCAAAACGCUCGUGAACAACAUCAAGGGGAACACCUUGCGAUAUGUUACGCUCUUCAGCGAGGUCGUGGAUAGCCUUAUGCCAAUCGCCACCAAGGAUAUUGGCGACAGCGACGAGGUUAUCGAUGUUAUCCUACACCAGCGUAAGGAGCGCAACAUGGCGAUCGAGGGAGGCUCAGAGGAGGGCUUCCCCGAUCACCUUCUGCGACGAUAUAACCUCUACUUCAAGCCACUGGAAAGCGAUGUCAGCUACGCUGUCCGUGACGUGCGUGGCUCGCACUUGGGCAAGCUCAUCACAGUUCGCGGCAUCGUCACACGUGUGUCGGAAGUCAAGCCUCUGCUGCUCGUCAACGCGUAUACAUGCGAUGUCUGCGGCGCAGAGACGUUUCAGGAUGUCACCACGAAGACCUUCUCUCCAUUGACCGACUGUGAGAACGUGAAUGAGUGCAAGAAGAACGGCAUUCGAGGCUCGCUGCAUAUGCAGACGCGUGCUUGUCGCUUCAGUCCCUUCCAGGAAGUGAAAGUGCAAGAGAUGGCGGACCAAGUGCCGAUUGGCCACAUCCCGCGCUCCAUGACAAUCCAUGUCAACGGCCAACUUACGCGCCUCAUGAACCCCGGUGAUGAAGUCGACAUUGGCGGCAUCUUCCUCCCCACUCCCUACACCGGCUUUCAGGCCAUCCGCGCCGGCCUUCUUACGGACACCUACCUGGAAGCGCACCACAUCCACCAGCAAAAGAAACAAUACCACGACAUCGUCAUUUCGCAGGAGAUGGAGGCCAAGAUCGGCGAGCUCAUGGUCGACCCAGCUUUAUACAACAAGCUCGCAGCGAGUAUCGCGCCGGAAAUCUAUGGGCACACGGACGUGAAGAAGGCGCUGCUCUUGUUGCUGGUCGGUGGUGUGACGAAGGUUACGGGAGACGGCAUGAAGAUCCGCGGAGACAUCAAUGUUUGCCUUAUGGGUGAUCCUGGUGUGGCCAAGUCGCAGCUGCUGAAGUAUAUCUCGAAGGUCGCGCCUCGUGGUGUAUACACCACGGGCAAGGGUUCGUCAGGCGUUGGUCUCACUGCUGCAGUUAUGCGCGACCCGGUAACGGACGAGAUGGUGUUGGAGGGUGGCGCGCUCGUGCUCGCGGACAAUGGCAUCUGCUGCAUUGAUGAAUUCGACAAAAUGGAGGAGGCCGACCGUACGGCCAUUCACGAAGUCAUGGAACAGCAGACCAUCUCGAUAUCGAAGGCUGGUAUCUCAACCACCCUCAACGCACGAACAUCCAUCCUCGCCGCCGCCAACCCGCUCUAUGGUCGCUAUAACACCAAGGUAUCCCCUGUGGAGAACAUCAACCUGCCGGCGGCCUUGCUGUCUCGUUUCGACUUGCUGUUUCUCAUUCUGGACAAGCCCUCACGAGAAGACGACGAGCGUCUCGCGGAGCACGUCACCUAUGUUCACAUGUAUAAUGAGCACCCGCCUCUGGAUUAUGAGCCCGUAGACCCUGAGGUUAUGAGGAGCUACAUCUCCAUGGCUCGCCAAAAACGACCGACAGUCCCCCACGCCGUUUCUCAGCAUGUCGUUAAUACAUACGUCAAGAUGCGCAGGGACGCGCAGGAAGAUGAGAAGGCGCACACCUACACCUCCGCUCGUACUCUCCUCGGCAUCCUCCGCCUUGCGCAGGCGCUGGCCCGCCUGCGGCUCGCCGACAUCGUCGAAGUUGGCGACGUCGACGAGGCCGUGCGGCUCAUGGAGCAGAGCAAGGCGAGCUUGCUCGACGAGGAGCAGGAAGAUGACGCGGUGGGUGAUCGGUCCGUCAAGAGCAAGGUCUUCCGCAUCAUCAAAGACCUUCUUGGCGCGGGCGGCGCGCAGGCCAUGAAGAAGCGGUCGACGAAGAAGAAGAGAUUAGGGAAGGGCCCGGGCGGCGAGCGCGACAUGGAUGUGGACGAGGAUGAGUAUGAGGACGAGGCGGAGCUGAGCAUGAUCACGAUCCGCGAGCGCGUCUUGACGGCGGGGUACUCGGAGCACGACUUGAUGGAGACAAUAACUGCCUACGAGGAUAUGGAUAUCUUGAUGAGAACAGCAGGAGGGUCGAAGUUAAGAUUCAUCAGCGUCCCAUAG